CUCUCUCUCUGUGUGCACGUUGAGUUUCAAAUUCUCAUCUUUAAUUGCAAGUUGCAAACUGCAAGUUAUCCAAAGCUGUCACAAACAAAGAUUUCUUUUUCUUCUCAUUCAUUUUUCUUAAACAACAAUUUCUUUUCUCUAUCAUAUCUUCCUGUAGCCUUAAAAUACAUUACUGUCUCCCUCUUUUGUUUCUUUCUACCCUCUUGUUUUUUUUACAAACAAAAAUAGUAGAAACUUUCCUCUGCUUCAUUUCCAGAGGAGAAGGAAGGAGGAAAUCCAAUUCAUCCUCUGAUCUUCGAAAUUUCCUAGAAUUACUCACAGUUCUUGAAACUUGUGCAGAAAAGCUGCCAUUCUCUGUUUUUGUCCCCUUUGUUCCUGUAAAUUUUCAAAAUUGCCUUUGUUCCUCUUUUUUGACUUCCGAGUCCACCCCAUCAUGUCAAGUUUCAAGCCCUCAUAGUUGAAACCUCAGCAUUUCCACAUGCCAUCACAUUCUUCAAUUCAUUCCAACUUCUUCAACUCUUGUUGAUUCUUCUCAAGCUCAUUAUAUCUUAGUUAGCUACUUUUCGUCUGCUUAACUAUUUUGAUCCUGUCAUUGUUUCCUCUAAACACCAUUUUUCCUUGUGCUUCCUAAUCAAACAUCAAUAUGUGCUCAGAAGCCAGUCCUCCCAGAUUAUCAUUUUCCCUUGAUCUUGGUCAAGCAGAUGUUUUACCAGUUGGUCACAACCAGCCUCGCAGGGACACAUCACUCUUGGACUUGAAUUGUGACUUUGAGUUUAGCAUCAGCGGCAGCUUCAGGCAUGAAUCUUCUUCUGCAGACGAGCUUUUUUCUCAUGGGGUGAUCCUUCCUAUGCAGCCUAGAGAGAGGGUUGACGAGGCACCGAAACGAAUAUCUAACAGUGAAGCCGGACAUAGUGCUUCCCUCCCUCCUCUUCCAAGUCCUCCAUCAAAUGAGAACCAAAAGAAAGAGAGAGUGAAGGAAGUUGUUAUGGAUAUGAAUUCUGAUCAUCUGGAGCUGCACAAGCCUCAGUCCAAGUCUUUCUGGGGGUUCAAGAGAAGCAGCAGCCUCAACCAAGACAACAAGAAGAGUUUGCUUUGCUCCUUGCCACUCUUGUCAAGAAGCAAUUCAACUGGAUCAGCUCCAAAUCCAAAUCCAAAGAAAACCACAUUUAAGCAAAGCUCGUCACAAAAGCAGUCAUCAAAUAUUUCUAUGUCAAAGUCGUCUUCAUAUUCAUCAUCGUCUUCCUCCUCAUCGAACCCUUACGCAACGCUGCCGAGGCCCCCAUCAAAGAAGGGUUACAAUGGAUCAUCUUAUUAUGGCAAUGGUGUUCGAAUUAGCCCCGUUUUAAAUGUACCAUCUCCUUACAUUUCCAAAGGAACUGCAAAACUCUUUUGUUUGGGUUCUUUUUUACACCCCGGCGGGAAAGAUAAGAAGGCCAAGAAAUGAUUUAUUCGCAGAAAUCUUAUGAGUUUACUUGGAAAGAAGAAACAGAUUGUUCAGUUUGUACAGUAAAAAAAACAGAGGAUGGGUAGGAGGAGGGUCUUGGAAGGCUGACUUCACAUGUUAAAAUGUCAUUAGCUCAGGUGACACAACA